CCAGGUCCUGAUCACGAAGGUAACAGACAACCGUCUUACCAUACAUUCCUACAUACAUGCAAAAUGAUGGUGACUGUAUAGCCUGGUUAACGGUAACUGACUCUGAUGGAAGCACAAAUUCUACUGAAGCCUGUGUCACAGUGACCGAUCCUGUGGACAACCCACCUAUUGCCAACGCUGGAACCAAUCAAGUCAUAACCCUUCCCGAAAAUGACAUCACUCUGAAUGGAAAUCUGAGCAGUGAUGAUCACCAGAUUGUCAGCUAUGAGUGGUCUCUGAGCCCCAGUAGUGCAGGAAAAGUGGUGGCCAUGCAGGGUGUGCACUCUCCAUAUCUUCAAGCUACUGCAAUGCAGGUUGGAGAUUAUACAUUUCACCUAGUAGUGACUGAUUCCUCCACGCAGCAAGCCACUGCCCAAGUGAUGGUGACUGUACAGCCUGAGCGUAACAGUCCGCCAGUAGCAGAGACCAGGCCUGAUAAAGAACUGACUUUCCCAGUGAAAUCUACUAUUUUAGAUGGGAGUAAAAGUAGAGAUGAUCACGGCAUUGUCUCCUAUGAAUGGGACAACAUCAGUGGUCCAACUGUGGUGAGCAUUCAGGACAGUGAGAAACCAGUGGCUGUUGUGUCUGACCUGCAGAUUGGUACAUAUCACUUUCUAUUGACUGUCAAAGACCAUCAAGGAUUACACAGCACAGCUAUUCUCUCUGUAACUGUCAAGGCAGGAAAAAACAGCCCUCCUAAAGCUUAUGCUGGUGGGACACAUGUUCUUGUGCUUCCUAAUUGCUCCAUUUCAUUGGAUGGAUCAGAGUCUUUUGAUGAUCAGGGAAUAGUGUCAUACCAGUGGACGAGAGAUGGCCAGAGUCCAGCAGCCGGGGAUGUGAUGGACUUAUCUGAGCACAAGCCAGUCCUGCAGCUCAGCGGCCUAGUAGAAGGAAUAUAUCUCUUUCAUUUGAAGGUCACGGAUGCCAAAGGAGAGUCCGCUACUGACACGGCAACAGUGGAAGUGCGUCCUGAUCCGAGGAAACAGAACUUGGUAGAGCUGAUUUUAGAGGUGGCAGUCGGUCAGCUGAGUGAGCAACAGAAAGACACCUUAGUGAGACAGCUGGCCGUCCUCCUCAAUGUACUGGACUCUGACAUUAAGGUUCAGAAGAUACAAGUGUUUUUUUAUCUUUCCAACAGCACUGUCAUUUUAUUCCAUGUCCAAAGUGGACAUAAAAUACGAAAAGCAUCGGAUGUAGCCCGUACACUGCAGAAGCAGCUGCUGAAGGAGAAGGCAGAUUUCCUACUCUACAAGGUGAUCAGAGUAGAUGCUACUGUCUGUCUUUUGAAAUGCUCGGGCCAUGGACACUGUGAUCCAAUCACAAAAUCCUGUCUUUGCUAUGCGUUUUGGAUGGAGAACUUGAUCCAGCGUUAUAUAAGUGAUGGAGAGAGCAAUUGUGAAUGGAGUGUCCUUUAUAUCAGUGUGCUCACAUUCGCCUUGGUUGCCUUCCUGAUGGGUCUAACUUGGUUUUGCAUUUGCUGCUACAAGAGCCGCAAAGGUACAAAAUUAAGGAAAAAAACUAAAUAUACAAUCUUGGAUAACUUUGACGUGCAAGAAAGAAUGGCACUGAGACCCAAGUAUGGUAUGUACAAAGACAUUACAGGUAUAAAACAUAGGAGCACAGAACACAACUCAAGUCUUAUGGUAUCGGAGUCAGAGUUCGACAGUGAGCAAGAUACAAUUUUCAGCCGUGAGAAGGUGGAACAUGAAAACCCCAAAAAUCUCAGUAGCGGACCCCUCAAAAAUGGAACACCUUUUAACUUUAGCUCUAAGUGCAGAUAAACUAAGAGAGGGAUAGUAGAAAUGUGUUUCCAGGGUCAGGUGUUUAAUCGCACUUAAAAUUGGAAAUGUUGAAGACUUACAAAUUUUUAAAAACAUUAUUGCAAAAUUAAACAUUUGAAAAAUAUCUGUAAGAUUGACAUUGCAGCUGUUUAUUUAUCAAAAUGAUUUUAGUAGAAAUAUUAAAAUAUUUUCACUGUGCGAUACAUCGCUGCUUCUAAAUACAUUGGCCACAUAUGUGUUAAGACUGACAAUAUGCGGCUCUUACAAAUAUGCUGGAAAGGGGUUUAGAACAGGCUCAGCACAUGGGCGUAUAAUACCCCUUUCACACAUAAACCCUGGCUCAGAUCCCGGUCACUGAACACGGGUCAAAGCUGGGGUUUUAGUACUUACUGCCUUUCACACAUGGGUGACGGAUCCGGGUUAUUCCUGGGUCAUCACUGUUCACAACAGACCCGGGUCUUCCAGUGACUUUCAGCUUACAUUGGAGACUUGAAGAUGAUGUCAUGUCCAAUCGCUACUGUCCCCGCCAAUCAGCUUCUUUUAGGUGUGACCCAAGUAAUGGCGUUCACACUACAGGCGACUUGGGUUGGUCCCGGGAGUAAUCCUGGUACUGAGCAGGUCUGGUCACAUGUAGCCGAGACCCAGGUCGAAAGGCUAAGGGGUAUAUUCAAUUGAGGUCGGAUCCAGUCCGACAUGCAUUUGUCGGAAUGGAUCCAACAAGGACUAUUCACUGCCCAUCUCAAUUAGA